AUGGAUUGGAGGGAAGAACAGAAUCAAUCACUUGUCCCUGUUUUAUCAAAGAAGAAUAAUCAAUCUACAGAAGUGAACUCAACCUCAUUUGCAUGCAAAGACAUUCCUAAUCUCCUAUCUUCUUUCGUUGAUACCUUUGUUGAUUUCUCAGUCAGCGGUCUCUUCCUCCCACCGCCGCCACCUACGAUGACAUCUAAGCCUCCCACCCGCCUUCCCUCGUCGCCACGCCUGAUCGCUAUCGGCGACCUCCACGGGGACUUCAAUAAGACCAAGCAAGCUCUGCGCCUUGCCGGCAUAAUUGACUCCUCGGACAGAUACAUUGGAGGUUCCACCACUGUAGUCCAAGUUGGCGACAUCCUUGACCGCGGAGGCCGUGAGCUCAAGAUUCUUUACAUUCUUGAGAAGCUGAAACGAGAAGCCGCACGUUGCGGCGGCAGAAUCAUAACCAUGAACGGAAACCACGAGAUCAUGAACGUCGAAGGGGACUUCCGUUACGCAACAAAAGCUGGUGUUAAGGAAUUUAGGGUUUGGUUAGAAUGGUUCCGCCAAGGUAACAUGAUGAAGAGUCUUUGCCACGGUUUGAAACCGCCGAAAGAUCCCUUAGAAGGUAUUCACGUGGAAUUUAGCGGCGUAAGGAAGAAAUUUCAUGAUGGCCUUAGUGCUAGGGUUGCAGCGUUGAGACCCAAUGGCCCGAUUUCUGGAAGGUUCUUGUCCCACAAUGCUACUGUGUUGGUAGUUGGUGACUCGAUUUUCGUCCACGGUGGUUUGCUUCCAGAACACGUUACUUAUGGGUUGGAAAAGAUUAACGCUGAAGUUAGUGAUUGGGUUAAGGGUUCCACCGUGUGUCGGUUUCCACCGCCUUGUUGCCGUGGGAGUAAUGCGGUUGUUUGGUUUAAGAAAUUCUCAGAAAAUGUUGAGGCGAAUUGUGAUUUUUCGAUUCUUGAUCAUGUUCUAGAUAUGAUUCCUGGUGUUAAGAGAAUGAUCAUGGGACAUAAGAUUCAGAAGAAUGGGAUUAACGGCGUUUGGGAUAACAAGGCUAUUCGAAUCGAUGUCGGUAUGUCGAAAAGAUGUCAUGGUGCUUUGCCUGAAGUUUUGGAGAUUAAUGAGACUUCUGGAUUGAGGAUAUUGACAUUGUAUUCACAUCGAAUCAUUUAUAACCGAAGAAAAGGGAAACUUCUUCGGGAUUUGAUGUUGGAAAGCAGAAAGGGUUUGUGUUGUUUAGUUUAA